AUGUCCCGCUCUUUCUAUGUCGACUCCUUAAUCAUCAAGGACUCGUCGAGGGCGGCUCCGUCGCUGCCCGAGCACCACCACCACCACCACCACCACCACGGCCAGGACUUCUUCCUCCCGCUCGGCAUGCCGGCUCCCCUCGUCAUGUCCGUGUCGGGCCCGGGCUGCGCGGCCCGCAAGAGCGGCGCGUUCUGCGUGUGCCCGCUCUGUGUCACCUCGCACCUGCACAGCUCCCGCGGCGGCGGCGGCGGCGGCGGCGGGGCCGUGCCCCUGCUCAAGAGCCAGUUCCCGGGCGGCGGCGAGGCGCAGUGCUGCCCGCGGGCGGGCCCCGCGCCCGCCGCCGCCCUGGGCCCCGGCGCGCACCACGCGCCCGCCUGCGCCGCCGCCUACGGCGUGAGCGACCCGCGCAGGUUCCACUGCCUCGCCAUGGGAGGGUCCGAUUCCAGCCAAAUGCAGAACGGGAAGAGGAUGAGGACGGCUUUCACCAGCACCCAGCUCUUGGAGCUGGAGCGGGAGUUCUCCUCCAACAUGUACCUGUCCCGUCUGCGCAGGAUCGAGAUAGCCACCUACCUGAACCUGUCCGAGAAGCAGGUGAAGAUCUGGUUCCAGAACCGCCGGGUGAAGCACAAGAAGGAGGGCAAGGGCACCCAGCGCAACCCGCACGGCACCUGCAAGUGCAGCACGAGCCAGGGGCACUUUCCCAGGUCGGAGGACGAGGAGUCUCUGUCCCCUGCAUCGGCGACCGAGGAGAAGGAGAUUUCGCUGCUAUAG